AUGAUGAAGCAAGACUCUGCAACAGCAUGUUAUAAAUGUAAAAAAUAUCAUCUUGGGUUAUGCUAUGACACCAUGAAGAUCUGCAUCCUAAAGCACCAACAGUCCUGUGCUAUUGAGAACCUCUACUUCCUUACAAGAAAAGGGAGAAGUAUGUAUUAUUAUUCCAAACUGUCAUGUAUGACCAACUGUGAGGACAUCAACUUCUUGAGUUUUGAGAAAAGAAGAGAGCUCAUCUGUUGCAGACAUAAUAACUAUUGCAACCUCCCUGAGGGAGUUUAAUUCUAUAUCUCUCCUGGACUUGGGGUCAUUCUUCAACUCACCAUCCCCUAGUCUCUUCCCCCAGACCUGUAUUUUGCUUUCCUCUUCCAACCACUGGUACAGAGUGAGAGAGAAAGCCAGCUAGUGAGGUCACAAGGAGAGAGUGGAGGGUAGCUGAGUCUCAUUAAUGAUGGAAGACUAAACUAGACUGAAGUUUUGCAAAUCCCUGUUGCUCACAUCUGGCAGUUUGGAUUUCCUUAUGAUGGAAAUAGGGUUGCCACAAAUACAGUUGGGUUUGGAACUGGUUA